AUGGCAGGGAAUUCCAAUCCCAAAGAUCCCUUUGCGGAUCCACUGGCCAAUUUGAUUGAUUUGGAUUUGGAGACGAAUCCAUACGAUGGAGCAGUGCCAAUUUCAUCAAGCGCAGAGCCGUCCAAGGCCACGCACUAUGACCCCAACCAGCGGUAUACAGCCCCCUCAGGAUACUCUGCCACCAAUGGCACCACCCCCCUAACAUCCAACAACAAUCCAUUUUCCGACUCAUUUAUAAUAUCCGAUGGUGAAGAUGAUUUCGAUGAUGACUUCACCCACACUCGGGACACCGGGCGACCGUACUAUAAUCAGUUUGACUAUAACGACGGGCGAGCGCCACGUCGAGGGCUGGACCUCAGUGAGGUUGGACGGCCCCCUGACUCUCGUGAAUUUGACAUUCGUCGGCUUUGGCAGCGGACUAAAGAGCGUUUCGGCAACACUUUCGCUCGCGGAGGUCUGAUUGGAGGUGCUGCUGGAGAAGCGGGUGGGGCUGAAGGUCUCACACCACGCAAACCAGGUCACAGAACCGUGCACAUUCUUAAUUCUGACGAAAAUGGCAAGUACGGCUACUAUGGCAAUCACAUUCUGACAACAAAGUACAACUUCGCCACGUUUUUGCCGAAAUUCUUGUUUGAACAGUUCUCCAAAUAUGCCAACUUGUUCUUCUUAUUCACAUCGGCAAUUCAACAAGUACCCAAUGUUUCCCCCACGAAUCGGUAUACCACAAUCGGUACCUUAAUUGUUGUGUUGUUAGUUCUGGCAAUUAAGGAAAUCGUCGAAGACUUGAAACGUGCCAAUGCUGAUAGAGAGCUUAAUAACACUAAGGUACACGUGCUAGAUCCACUGCUGGGUCAAUUCUACCUCAAGAAGUGGAUUCAAGUGCGUGUCGGUGAUGUCGUCAAGGUUCAGAACGAAGAGGCCUUCCCCGCUGAUUUGAUCUUGUUGGCCUCUUCAGAGCCUGAAGGUUUGUGCUACAUCGAAACCGCCAAUUUGGAUGGCGAAACCAAUUUGAAGAUUAAGCAAGCUAAACAAGAAACGCUGUACCUUGUGCAACCUAACGACCUUGUGCGUGAUUUGGCGCUGGCUGAUGUUAUUUCGGAACAACCAAACUCAUCAUUGUACACCUACGAAGGUAACAUUCAAGGCAUGCGUAACCACCCUGAUCAGCUUCCUUUGCAGCCCAAUCAAUUGUUGCUCAGAGGUGCGACAUUACGAAACACUCAAUGGAUUUAUGGUAUUGCCGUGUUUACUGGGCAUGAAACUAAGUUGAUGCGUAACGCCACCGCCACUCCUAUCAAGCGGACUGAUGUCGAACGUAUCAUCAAUUUGCAGAUCAUCGCUUUGUUUGGCACUCUUAUUGUUUUGGCUCUUAUCCUGUCUAUUGGGAAUGUGAUCAAGAUCCUGGUGAAUCGAAGUGAUCUCAGUUACUUGUAUCUAGAAGGUACGAGUUUGGUGGCAUUGUUCUUCCAGGACUUGUUAACGUACUGGAUUUUGUUUUCCAACUUGGUCCCCAUCUCGUUGUUUGUUACUGUGGAGAUUAUCAAGUACUAUCAAGCAUGGAUGAUCGGGCUGGAUUUGGACAUGUACUAUGAAGAAACUGAUACUCCUUGCGGUGUUCGAACUUCAUCGUUAGUUGAGGAACUCGGGCAAAUCGAUUACAUUUUCCUGGACAAGACGGGGACGCUUACUCGUAAUAUCAUGGAGUUCAAAGCGUGUACAAUUGGUGGAAGAUGCUAUGCUGAAGAAAUUCCUGAAGAUGGCCACCCGCAAAUUAUUGAUGAUAUUGAAAUUGGGUUCCAUACUUUCGAUGACAUGCAUCAAACCUUGGUCCUGAACCCGUCGCUGCCUGAACUGGCCAUCAUCAAUGAGUUUUUAACUCUUUUGCUGACUUGUCAUACUGUUAUCCCUGAGGUGAAUGAGCUGACAGGUGCAAUCAAAUACCAAGCUGCCUCUCCUGAUGAAGGGGCGUUGGUGGACGGUGCAGCAAUGUUGGGAUAUAAGUUUGUAAUUCGGAAGCCUAAGGGGGUCACAGUUGAGAAUACGAUCAUUAAGAAGACUUUCGAUUACGAAUUGCUUAACAUUUGUGAGUUCAACCUGACGCGUAAGCGUAUGUCAGCCAUUUACAGAUGUCCGGACGGUGUGAUUAGAUUAUUCUGCAAGGGUGCCGACACUGUUAUUCUUGAAAGACUCAAUCAGAAUGAAGAGCAACCGUUUGUUGACGCCACUUUGCGCCAUCUUGAGGAUUUUGCUGCUGAAGGUUUGCGGACACUUUGUAUCGCGCUGCGUAUAGUCCCUGAUGCCGAAUACAAUGAAUGGAGUGCUAAAUACUACGAGGCUCUGACAGCGAUGAAUGAUCGUCAAGACAAGUUGGACGAAGUUGCUGAACUUAUCGAGCGCGAUUUGUUUCUUCUUGGUGCCACUGCCAUUGAAGAUAAAUUACAAGACGGUGUCCCCGAGACAAUUCAGACGUUGCAAGAAGCGAACAUCAAGAUUUGGGUAUUGACUGGUGACAGACAAGAGACGGCUAUCAACAUUGGUAUGUCUUGUAAGUUGUUACUGGAAGACAUGAACUUGUUAAUCAUCAACGAAGAGACCAAAGAAGACACUAGACAAAAUCUCAUGGAAAAGUUGGAUGCUAUUUAUGAGCACCGUGAUGAUCCGGAUAUGGCAGCACUGAUGGAUGAUAGUUUAGCGUUGAUUAUUGAUGGUCAUUCGCUUACCUACGCUCUUGAAGAAGAUCUUGAAGACAUGUUUAUUCGUUUGGGAAGCUUUUGUAAAGCAGUUGUCUGUUGUCGUGUUUCUCCAUUGCAAAAGGCCCUUGUGGUCAAGAUGGUGAAACGGAAGCGGAAGGGCCUGCUUUUAUUAGCUAUCGGCGAUGGCGCUAAUGAUGUUCUGAUGAUCCAAGCGGCUCACGUUGGUGUGGGUAUUUCAGGUAUGGAAGGUAUGCAAGCCGCUCGGUCCGCCGAUGUGUCUAUUGGGCAAUUCAGAUUCUUGCGCAAGUUGUUGUUGGUACAUGGAGCAUGGUCGUACCAGCGUAUCCUGGUGGCUAUCUUGUAUUCUUUCUAUAAGAAUAUUGCGUUGUACAUGACACAAUUUUGGUUUGUGUUCAUUAAUGCCUUUUCCGGGCAGCUGAUUGCUGAGUCUUGGACUUUGACCCUCUAUAACGUUUUAUUCUCAGUUUUACCGCCGUUCGUGCUUGGUGUUUUUGAUCAAUUUAUCCUGGCUAGGUUGUUGGACAAAUAUCCCCAACUUUACAAGCUUGGUCAACUGCGUCGUUUCUUCAACGUCACGAUUUUUUGGGGAUGGAUUGCUAAUGGGUUUUUCCACCUGGGUGUUAUCUUCUUUACCCUGAUGUUGAUCUACAAAAACAUGAAUGGUGUUGCUCUGGGGAUGUUGCUGAACAACUGGCUGUGGGGUGUGGCGAUUUAUACCACGUCAUUGCUCACUGCUCUAGGCAAGGCAGCUUUGGUGGUGAACAUGUGGACCAAGUUCACAUUGAUCGCGAUACCGGGGUCGUUUGCGUUGUGGUUGGGAUGGUAUCCUGCGUACGCUUCCAUUGCUCCUCUUACUAAAGUGUCAAUGGAAUACCAGGGUGUACUUAAAGUGACUUACCCCACUGUGACGUUCUGGGCUAUGGUGUUCGGGAUUGCCCUGUUGUGCUUACUUCGAGACUUUUCGUGGAAGUACUUGAAGCGCAGAAUCGCUCCUGAAUCCUAUCACUAUGUCCAAGAGAUCCAAAAGUACAAUAUCCAGGAUCAUCGUCCUAGAAUGGAACAAUUCCAAAAGGCCAUUCGGAAGGUGAGGCAAGUGCAGCGUAUCAAGAAGCAGCGUGGAUUCGCCUUUUCCCAAACUGAUCAAGACAUGGAAAAGGUUGUUCGGUUGUACGACACAACAAAGAAGAGAGGUGCCGACGGUGUUUUGAAGGAGGCAUGA